AGCUGAAUACAGAAUAGCUUAAGGAGAAGUUUUCUGCCUAGUAUUAUCCUUGUUAGCCCUUCAGACCAGUUUACUUUGCCCCACAGUAGCACCUUUGCUUGCUGCUAGCCAACCUGUCAGAGCAGUUUUUUUUUUCUUUUUUCUUUUUAAUACCUCAGGACGGAUACUGACAGACAAAUAUGCUGUAAAGCAGCUGCCUCUGAUUAAGUGCAAAAAGCAUGAAUUGCCCUGAUAACUGAGGUGUGGCGAUAUAUCUGAAGUUAGUGCAGGGGUUAAACAUUUUCAAGCCACUUGUGAAUAUAGAUUGGGGGGCUGCAUUUAUAUAGCCCAGCAUGCAGUCUGAAACAAAAAACAAGCACUGAUGAAUAAUCAGUAGCCAAGAUAAACAAAAGGAAGCCUGUCCAGCACAACUCACUUGCAAGGGUACAGCUUCACAGACUCAUGAAAAAAAAAACAAUGCAGAUAUAAUCAAGUCUGCUGCACGUUUGGACACCUCACUUUUUUUAUAAGAAUUUGACCCACGAGGAUCGGCAAAGAAGAAAUACAGACCUUCAUUUUGAGUGCAUGCCUCAUUCACACAAGGAAGCCAGAGCUGCAUUCUUUGGAAAAACAGGCUGAACAUUAAAAUGAAGGUUCUAACAGGCUUGGCCAUAUUACUCUUUAUGAAAGACAUCUGCACCCAGGACAUGCCUUAUGCCGAAUACCUCCAACAAAUACAGGAGUGCCCAAAGGAAUGCCAUUGUCCACCUAGUUUUCCAAAUGCAGUAUACUGUGAGAAUAAAUCUCUCAAGCAGAUUCCUGAUGUUCCCAGUCACACCUGGUACUUGUAUCUUCAGAACAACUUGAUUGACUCUGUUUCUGAAAAGGCCUUCAAGAAUGCAACUCAGCUGAAGUGGAUUAAUUUGAACAGGAACAAGAUCACUAACAGUGGAAUUGACAAGAAUGUGUUUAAGAAAAUGAAAAACCUUCUCUUCUUGUAUAUGGAAGACAAUCAACUAGAAGCAGUGCCUUCGGGCCUACCUAAUAGUUUGGAACAGCUUAAAAUGGCACGCAAUAAAAUCACUAAAAUACCUGAAGGUGUUUUCAGUGGCAUGGAGAAUCUCACUCUCUUGGAUCUUCACAGCAACAAGAUUGAGAAUGGAGCACUGACUGAGCGUGCACUUAAAGGUCUCAAGAACCUUGUCCAGAUCAAUCUGUCCAAAAAUGGGUUGAAGGCAAUGCCAUCUGGUCUACCUGGCACAACUACACAGUUGUUUCUUGAUGGCAACUCCAUUGAGAAAAUCCCAGAUAAUUACUUUAAAGAAACACCCAAAGUGUCAUUUCUUCGGCUUAACCACAAUAAGCUUGUGGAUGGAGGUCUUCCCAAAAACAUCUUUAAUGUAUCAACCAUCCUGGAUUUGCAGCUGUCUUACAACCAGCUCACAAAGGUGCCUCUCUUCCAUUCUAGCCUUGAACACCUUCAUCUUGACCACAAUAAGAUUGGAAGUGUUAAUGGAACAAAGAUCUGCCCUUUGCCUAUUGAGACCGUUGAUGACUACAUCUAUGAAAAGUCUCCUCGACUGCGUUACCUUCGCCUUGAUGGCAAUGAAAUUAAACCACCAAUUCCAAUGGAUUUAAUUAUGUGCUUUAGAUUCCUUCAGGCUGUGGUUAUCUAAAUCAGUGCUAAUUUCAAUCAAGAAAAUCUUCGAAACUAUUGCAAUUUGGACUUGUAUUAUGACAGUGUAAAUAAUGAAUUAGCAUGUGAAAUGUCAAAAAAAUUCCCGCAGAUUUUUAAGAUUACUAACAUGUUUUUGAGAAACAAGUGUAAAUUAUAGAUUAUUUGAAGUUCUGUUUAUCCAUUAAACCCAAAGUAGUCUCAAUAUAAAGUAGGUUUCUAAGGUGAAAGUAUAUUUAAUAAAAUGAAAUAAAAUAAGGCAGAGAUAACCAUAUAUUUAUUCAAAAAUGUUCAGGAAUAUUUCAAUUGGAAAUUUAAAAGACAAAAGUUUUGCAGGCCCAGAACUUGACUGGUGUUUGUUCUUAUGUGAAUUUUACUUCUGAAACAAGACAUGCUACUUACUGUAUGCUGCAAGUAAAUUAAAAAUUAACAACCCUAUUAUAUCAUCAUCUUUUCAUGCUUAAUUGAAAUUCAAAUAUGUAAAUGAAAUUAUAAUAAUGGAAAUCAUGCUUUGCAUAUUGUUAAAAAUGAUCUUUAUAUGUAUCUUUUGCUUUAAAGCCUAAGAAAUUAUUCUUUAUUUUGCAACUGUGAAAAAGGUCUAACCAAAUGUAAUGCUUUUAAUGUGCCAUUGAAAAAUGUGUGUACUUUAUAUCUGCUAUGCAUACAAUUGAACAUUGAGCCUAGUGUAAGUUUGAAAAAUAGAGUAUCUGUAGAAAAACAUAUUUUAUAUGGAAUUAGAGAUAAUGCAAUAUUAAUUUUUUGACAAUCAGAUAUUUUAUUAUUAUUAGAGUAGCCAUUAUAUGAAUUGUCACAGUUUAGUUUUUGUUUAUGAAGAAUAAUGUAAAACAUAUGUACACUAGCAUUUGAAAGUUUGGAUAUUACUAAGGUUGCAAGGACACUGGAUUAAUGGCUCCUGGAAAAGGAGCUUUGCAGUCAUAUAUGAAUAAUACAAUACAAAUAAUUAAUUUCAGUAA